AUGUUGAGUCGCUGGGUGCAGACAACGUGGCGCGCCGAGGCGAGCGGAGUCGGGGCUGGGGGGUUCCGCGGGCGCGUCCUGCCCUGUUUGAAGAGGCCGUGGGUUCAUGCCGUGCUGCUCUACCUCCUCACCUUCGGCGUCGUGCUGCCCCUGCUGUGCCAGGGACUGCGGCAGUCCCGGUAUUUCACCCGCGCUGCCCACCUCCGGCGCCUGACGGAGGAGGCGCUGGAGCACAGCCGGGCGAGGGGCGAGGAGGCGGAGCGCUACGUGCAGGAGGCGGACCCGGGCCACCCGGCCCGCGGGGCCCCCGUCGCGGUCGUUGCGGUGCUGACGGUGUCCCGGAAACAGGCCGCCGCCUACCGCUACUACCUGCAGGUGGUGUCGGCCCUGCACCGGAUGCUGGCUUCGUGCCGCGGUUGCCGGGGCUACCGGCUCUUCGCCUGCAACGUUGACCCUGAGCCUGAUGGCCACUGGGAGGCGCCGGAGGCCUCCCGCCUCAUCCUCACCGUACAGCGGUUCGGCCGAGGCCGCGGCAGGCCAUCAGGGGGCGACGACAACCGCUUCGAGAAGGAGAAGCAGGACUAUGCCUACUGCCUGCAGGAGGCGCUCUCUGCCUACGGCCCCCGGCACGUGGUUCUGCUGGAGGACGACGCUGUGCCAACGGAGGACUUCUUCCUGGUCCUGCGGGACCUCCUGGAGAGGAGGCUGACCACCCCUGCCGCCCGGGGAGCCCUCUACGUCAAGCUCUACCACCCCGAGAGGCUGCAGGGGUACCUCAACCCCGAGCCAAUGCGCGUCCUGGAGUGGCUGGGCCUGGGCGCCCUGGGCGGCACCUCGCUCAGCAUCGUCUACCGGAAGCUCUGCCGAAGGGCCUCGGUGAUGCUGAGCUGGGCCGUUCUGGCCCUCUCCACCAUGCUGGUGGUCGAGCUGGCCGGGCGCCACUACCUGCUGGAGUGGCGCCGCCUCAGCCCUCAGCUCUACUCCCUGAUGCCCGCCACCGAGUGCUGCACUCCCGCCACGCUCUUCUCGGCGCCGGCUGCCCGCCGGGUGCUGGCGUACCUCGGCAGCGUUCGGUGCAGGGCAGGCUACGCCAAGGACACGGCGCUCUACGCCCUGCUGCGGGAACACGGCGAGACUGCCUAUGCCCUGGAGCCCAACCUGGUCACCCACAUCGGGCUCUACUCCACCCUCCGAGGCCCCAUCGCUCAACCCAGCCUCUGAAUGGGACACCCCUCCCACCACCCGCUCAGUCUUCCUCCCCCUGCCCCCACCCACUGACGCCACAGUUCAGACCCCCCCACCCCCACCAUUUUUCACCCCUGGGGUUCUGUCAAAGGGGGAGCUGGGAGAAAGAAAAUAGUUCGGGGACUAUCCACUAUUUAACCCCCAAGCAGACCCUGUCCCUGGGAGGGUUUGAUGGGAGGCAGUGUAGAGGGAGCCUUACUCUGUAUCUAACCCUGUGCUGUCCCUGGCUUGGGAGUGUUUGAUGUGGGUAGGGGACAGUGUAGUGGAAGCUUUACUCUGUAUCCAACCUCGUGCUGUCCCUGUCCUGAGAGUGUUUGAUGGGGGUCAAUGUAGAGAAAGCUUUACUCUGUAUCUAACCCU